AUGGGAGGUGACGGUGCUGUUGAGGAUUCUGCAUCGGAAUCGAAGACCGGCGGUGAAGGUGUUAACAUCAACGUUCGAUGCUCCAACGGUUCAAAGUAUUCCGUUCAGGUUUCUCUCGAUUCCACAGUUGGAUCCUUCAAGGAUCUCAUUGCGCGGAACUGUGAUAUCCCCGCACAGCAACAACGGCUUAUUUACAAGGGUCGUAUAUUGAAGGACGAUCAAACGCUUCAAAGCUACGGUUUGGAGGCAGAUCAUGCUGUCCAUUUGGUUCGUAGCUUUGCACCUGCCAACACGAGUGGUGGGACUGGGACCAAUAGUAGUGGCACCAAUACCACAGCGACUGAAGCCAGAGGCGCUGGAGCUAAUGAUGUUGGGGGUGUAGGAGGACUCGGUUUUGGAGCUUCACUGUUCCCUGGUUUAGGUACCAAUGGCACUGGAGGAAAUGGCUUAUUCGGCGAGGGAUUUCCAGAUCUUGAGCAAAUGCAGCAACCAUUUAUUUCAAAUCCAAAUUUAAUGAGAGAGUUAAUGAACACACCUGCUAUGCAGAAUCUAGUAAGUAAUCCCGAGAUAGUGCGGAAUCUUAUAAUGAAUAACCCACAGAUGCAAGAGCUCAUGGAUCGGAACCCUGAGCUAGCACACAUACUUAAUGAUCCCAGCACUCUCCGCCAGACCCUUGAAGCUACAAGGAAUCCUGAGAUCAUGCGUGAAAUGAUGAGAAAUACAGACAGGGCUAUGAGCAACAUUGAAUCAUCUCCUGAGGGUUUCAACAUGCUGAGGCGCAUGUAUGAAAACGUUCAAGAACCAUUUUUAAAUGCCACUACAAUGGCGGGUAAUACAGCAACUCAGGGUGGCCUUGCCAGUGACCAAUCAACUAAUCCCUCGACCACUAGUUCUGAAACAACUGCUGGUUCUACCAUACCCAAUGCCAACCCACUUCCUAAUCCUUGGUCCUCUACUGGAACUGGAGCUCCUCAAAAUAACACCAGAAGAUCAACUACUGGUGUGGAUGCUAGGCAGCAAGCCCCUACUGGCUUAGGAGGGCUUGGUUUGCCUGGCCUCGAAGGCAUGCUGGGUGGCAGUGGUAUGCCAGAUCCUGCUUUAUUAACCCAAUUAAUGCAAAAUCCAGCUAUCUCACAAAUGAUGCAAAGUAUGCUCUCCAAUCCACAAACAUUGAGUCAGAUUCUUGGGGCUGCUAAUACUGAACAACGUGGUGGCAUGCCUGAUAUGAAUUCUCUCAGAGAUGUGAUGCAGAAUCCAGAGUUCCUUCGUUUGUUUUCAUCACCUGAGACAUUGCAGCAACUCAUGUCUUUCCAGCAAGCCCUUCUUUCUCAGCAAGGUCAGCAACAAUCAACACGGGAAUCGGGUCAAACUGGUGGAGGGACUGGACCUUUUAACAACACGGGGCUGGAGAUGUUAUCCAGCAUGUUUGGUGGACUUGGAGCUGGUAGCCUAGCUGUUCCAAAUAGAUCAAAUGAGCCACCAGAGCAAUUGUAUGCCACCCAGCUUUCACAACUUCAAGAGAUGGGAUUCUUCGACACACAAGAGAACAUUAGGGCUCUCAUUGCCACUUCAGGGAAUGUUCAUGCAGCCGUUGAACGCCUUCUGGGGAAUACCGGUCAGUAG